AUAUAUAAACAUACACAGAUGCUACCCAAACUGUAUUUCCAUUCUGAUAUAAGUUUUUAAAUGAACCGAAAUAAAUAGAAGCAUUCACCGUGACAGAUACUGUGUACAGAUGCUCUAUUUAAUCCAUUGUAAAAGGCAAAGGAUGGGCAGGUUGGUUGUUACUAUCAAGUGCAGGAUCAUUCGCCUGGAACGUUGAUGACUCACUGUGGAAUCUGCACGUGUAAUCGACACACGUGUGCGUCGACGCACGAUAUUACGGAAGCUGCUUUAAACUGUGCAACAGUCCUUAGCUCAAUAAUAGCCGCGUAGUGAAACUACACCCAGUGAUGUUUUUGUGAAGCAUUAAAAGUUCGCGAAUAUUUUAUAAUAAUGGAAGCCCCACGUCAACUUCAUUCACAUCGCGUAAAUUUUGGAUGAAACAAAUUUUGACAUUGGAAGACAUCAAAUAGUCAUAAGUAAAAUGCCAGAGCUUGGUCCGAUGAUGCGCGCGCUCGAGUUGCAAAGAGUGAUCGAAGACAAAGUGGCGGAAUGGCGCGAAAGGUCAGCCCGGGUCGCCGGCGCAACCGUGGCCGAGUCUUAUCAGCAACCACUCAACUUCAAACGGCACACACAUAGACGCAAAAACAGCGCUGAAAUAAACAGAAUAAUCGCAAAGUAUUCAAAACCCUACAAGAGAACGGACGAACCCGAUCACGUCACACGGGACGUCCCGGGAAAAGUACCGACGCGACCACCUAGACACAAAAAGCUAUCAGUCACUAAAGGAUUGUCUAAAAGCGAGGACAACCUUGCCGCUGUUGGCGUUAUGGAAACAGUUCCCGACAAAAUCGAACACGUGAAACCACCGUUUAAUAUUUCAAAGUACAAGACGAAGAGCUGCGAAGACGUAACCGCGUUUGUAGACGUCCAUCAUAGUAUGAAAAGCAAACAUUUUGAGCAGCACAGCAUAUUAAAUGCAAAAGUCGUCCCGAGCAAUUCAAGGCUGAAACUCCACAGCAUCUCAGAAGAUAUAUCCGUUGUUUCUGAAUUAACGGACAGUGGUUUCGAGGUCAGGGACAAAUCAAGUUUUAUUACCUCUACACCGAUUUCGAAAAGGAAGACUUGUCCAGUGAAUAGUUCCCUGACAAAUUUAGGUGUUGAAAAGUGCUCUAUUUAUACGAACAGUGUCAAUGAUCUUAGGAAAGGUCGCUCGGAGCCGGACAUCCUCGGUGCGAAUAAAACUGAAUCAAUGGACGGUGUAAAGACUAUCGACUGGCGAAAACGAUGGAGACAAUUAAAGCCGCCUUUUAAAAAAGGUACUUUCGAUUGCCUGCUGCUUUGGAGGGGCCGAAGACCGCGAGCGACAGUGGAGUCUUCUCGUAGAAUACAAGAAGUCGAUGACAGCUUUUUCGAGAAAUUCGGCUCAAUACUGAAACAGGCAUCCCAGAGAGCUGCUCUAGAAGAAUCUACGCCUUUGGCUCCUCUCAAAGAAAUUGAAGAGGACGAUAACGAGCAGAAGAUCGGAGCAGAAUUACGAAGCGAGCUUAGAACUGUAACCAGAGACACAGACAGUGGCAACGAGACAUUAUUGGACACAGAUUCUGAACCUGAUGAACAUGAUAAGAUAGGACGGAUAAUCGAGGCAGUUGGCUGGAAUAUUGAUGAACUAUACUUGGAAAUACUUUACGAGAUCCUACACAAUGUCGGGGGAUGUGAUGUAGGCUGUGAAGUCGGACAGCACGCGAUGCUAUCAUACGUGCAAGAAGCAUUUAAAAUAGGCAAUGAUAAACACACGCAACUUCUUACCAAAGCGGAGGCUAAAGAGCCUCCGGAGUUGAUGCUGAAUGUCGAGGUGGUCGAAGCCAAAGAUUUAGUUCCUAAAGACCCGAAUGGUCUCAGCGAUCCAUUCGUUACGAUUUAUUUGAUGUCGAACUCGUCACACCGGUACAACACAUCGGUGAAGUCGGGAACUCUAAAUCCUGUUUGGGAAGAACAUUUUUCUUUACCCAUGUCUGGCACUGUGAAUGAAGAUUCCCUUUGCUUAGAAGUGUGGGACUUCGAUCCAGCAGAGACGGUCAAAGAGAAGAUGACGAAAAUAUUUGAUGUGAAGGGCGUGAAAGGUCUCCGUAAACUGGUCAAGGAGAUCGCGAUUACAGCCUCAACCGGAAAACAUGACAACGAACUGAUUGGAACAUCUAAUAUACCACUCAAGUCCAUUCCAGCCGGCGGUAUGGCCAUGUGGUUCAGUUUGAGCAAGAAGAGUAAGCUGCGUCGUCAGGGCGUCGUCAAAGUGCGGCUCAACUUUUCCUCGGAAAAGAAUAAUCAAGUGGCGGCACAGGAACAUCGGCAUUUGUUAAGGAUCGUUCUGUUGCACGAACUUGAAAAUUCAAAGGUGGCCCCGUAUUGGUGGUGUGGAAACUUCAGCGCUCCAGCCGAAGCGAUCCUCACUCAGCACGUGGCGCAGAGCGGCCUCUCGCAGCUCGACAACAGCCUCGUGCAGUGGUCCGUCUACUGCGCCGUGACACCCGACCAUCCCUUAAGCUUCAACCUCUUCAACACGCUUCUGGAUAAACUAACUAAACCAUUGCAAUCAAGUCUCGUUAUAGAAGAGGAUGUCAAGUUGUUCUGGGAUGGCGCAAGAAAAUUACUACCCACGUGUUAUAGUCACAUUAGAAAAUUAAGAAAGAAGACAGCCGGUGAUAAAACCGUUAUGAAAACUCUUAGAGAAGUCCUUAAAAUACUAUACAAACUAUCUAUAUUGGAUGUUCCGGAGUGUAUAGAUUUGUUCCCUAAGACUUCUUAUGGUUGGCUGAGAGAUGACGCUGGGAAACUUAACGUGUACGAAGUAUUGAAUCAAGCAGUGAUACAGGGCGCCUCCGACUGGUUCGUUCAUAUAUUAGACAAUAAUGAAUGCAAGGAUAACACUGAAGAAUCGCGUCUGCAGCAUUUGAUCAGGGUCAUCCAGCUCGUGAGGUCCGAUUUGCAAAGAGCUGUGGAAUAUUACGACAGAGUUUUCAUAGAGGUUAUGAGUUUUCCAUACACGAAGGCCCUCUAUGGUCUGUACGAGAGCAAGAUAGCCUCGUUAGUCGAACCUGAGGUUAUAGAAGUGUGCAAAUGCCUUAAGAGGCUCCAAUAUAACGAGGGUUCCACUACAACCGUUCAUUUGGCUGGAGGCAUUGCCGGAGUUACAGGACUGGGUGCUCCGGAAGUGGCCAAUGAACCUUUGUCUAUGGGGACCACACUGUUUGAGCUAUAUUUGGCUUUACAGAGGUUUUUGCUGUUAGGCCAGGGCUUGAAUGAGACUGAAUGGAGUUCCUAUGCGAUAUCUAAAUUCCACGGAUGGUUUUUCGGCGGUGUCGCCCAGUGGCUGGACAUAGCGGCUUUCAAAGCUCUAACACGUAUAGAAAAGGCAGUCGACUUAGACAAUUUAGUUCCGGUCGACACUAACGUGAAGUACAGCAGUUCCGGAGUCGACACUCUCGCUAUAUUUUAUCAGAUUAAAAUAUUCUGGCAACAAUUAGCGUGGCCUGACGUUGAAGGAUGUUACACGUUCGUCGCUAAGAUAAUUGACGACAUUUGUCGUUGUUGCGUAUUCUAUUCGGAUAAAAUGGCGAAUAGAGUAGACAGUGUCGGGACUGUGACGACAGUGUAUGAAGAGAGAUUCGAGGUUACAACAGAAUGGUGUGUCGCCAUCAACAACAUAGAUUACGUUAGGCAAAGCUUGGAGCCAUUCGUCGAGGAGCUGGGUAUGGACGAUAUCAUACAGAAGAUGUGCGAAGCUAGAUCGCCAAUUGAAGCUCAAAGAUGUAAAGAGACUCUACAAAACGUUAUUGCCAAUGCAAUAGACACAGUUAAAAACAAAAUCGUCGAUCUCUUAGAGGUCAUGAUCAAAAAGAUGAUGCCAUCCAUUACCCGGUUCUUAGUGGAAGGUGCCGAACUACUACAUCAAGACUGUUCAAGCAUGGAUCGCGUUAUGCGAUACCUAGAGGCGAAUCUCGAUACAUUGUACCAGCAUUUGAACAACGAAAACUUUUCUAGAACUCUAGAUAUCGUUUGGGAACAACUCGGAGAAGUCUUGUAUGAAUUGAUACAAGCUAACUUAGAACACCGAAGGGCAAAGAUAACUCGAUUUAUCGACCCGAGACGCUUGAGCAAAUCGGCAGCCGCCCAGUUAGACGCGAAACGUCGUCCGCCAUCUUUCUUUUCGAAUCUCCACGAAUGUUUGAAGAUAAUGAUACGAUCGUUUCGUCAAGACAACAAAGAGAUGUACUCCUCGGAUACCCUGAAACGCGUGGAGUAUUUACUUAAAUUACACGGUAUGGAAACGAGGGAGCUAAUUCACGAGUAUCACCUUGGGAGGUGGCAAGAACAACAGUCUAUUGUUGAACCGAAAAUGGGUAUUUUGACAGUCCGAGCUCAGUUCAUCGAUGACAAUUUGAAAAUCGAAGUCAUGAACGCUAGAAACCUUGUGGCCACUGAUUCGAAUGGGUUGUGUGAUUCGUAUGUGCGUGUGGCACUGCUACCCGAAGAUUCCUUCGCGAAUGUUGUAAAACCAAAAACGCAGACGCACAGUAAGAAUCUGUUCCCGUUGUACGAUGAAAUGUUUCUCAUUCCUCUGAGUCCGGAGCAGCGUGGCAUCGCCGACGGACUGUUGCAUUUCGUUGUCAAGGACAAGGAUAUGUUCAGUGUGAGCAACACGUUUGUGGGGGAGGCGUAUCUACACUUCAGCGAGAUACCGGACACGCCCGCGCCCAUCGGAAGCCUGCCGCAACAACAUCUGCCUUUAUCCAAACCCAACACUGUCGAUGGCGAUGCGAUCAAGGCUUUGGACUCGCGACAGGGAGACAGGCAAGCUCGAGAUUUCAUCAAAAAACAAAGACAGAAAAUGCCGAGCAAGCAAUUCUUUUCGUUAGGUUAAUAGUAUUCGUUUCUGUCAUAAAUAUUAGUUGUGUGUAACUUAGUCGGAGCCCGCACUUGCGAGUGGUAGAUCGAUAUAGAAAAUGGUCACAGCCCUGUAACUAUUGUGAAUAUGAAUAACACCGUGGAAACUAUAUAUUUUUUAUGUUAAUCUAUACAGCAUGCGUUUAUAAUAAAUAUUGUCAUAAAAAAAGAAAAAAACACGUUAAAUAAUCAUAAAAUUAAACGAAAUUUUAAUGCUUAAGAUUAAGUGUAUUGUAAUAUAAUUGAAUUGCCUAUUAAUAAUACUCUUUCAUAAACCUCAUGUUUCGGGUGUAAAUCUGAAUGUCCGGGAACGCUGCCGAGGACGAAACAAUUAACUAUUUUUAGCGCGCAUUGUAAAGCGUAUCAAACUGAAGACGGCGUUUAUUCGCUGAUAUUCGACCUUACUGAUUCGUACUAUAAUUCAACUGUGACUUCUAACUCGUUUUUAAUCUCGGUAGCUACCUACGCUUACAUCGAUCUUUAUAGGCUUCGUCUUAAUGCCAGGAGUAGUCGUUGGUUAAUAUAAAAAAGAACUUGUAGCAAAUGUUUCAAAUAAAAUUUCGGGUUAAUAAUUUUUGUAACGUUUUCGAUUACCGUGUUUUGUACGCUUUACAUGGCGCGCUUUAAAAUAUCAAAUCGUUGAAACUGUUUAUACCGUGGGUUGUUAGAUCGCAAGGCGGAUCGACGUCCAAUUGAAUACCCGGAAUGAUGGUAGCACAGGACUGGCACUGGGGAUACUCUUAGAAGGGGCUAUAUCCAGCAGACGGUGUUUGUGGACUCAUGAUGAUGAUAUCUAUCACAAAUGUUCAGACAUACUGCCAUUUUUGUCUUCAGAAGCGUUUCCUUUACUUAAUAUAUUUCUAUCAAAUCACAUUUGAAUCUCAUUUGCAUGAGAUAAAGCUGAUUGGGAUUAACAAAAAGCCAUUUAAAGCGAUGUGUGUAUUUAUGGAUAAUAAUGUAGUUUAGCUUAAAAAAAUAAUGUUGCUUAUUAAAAUAGAAAGAUUUAUUUAGAUCUCUUUAAGUGAAAUCGAGUUAAUUGUUUGUGAAAUAGUGAAGAAGUACAUAACGUUUAGUUUUCAAAUUUUCACAAAAUGUAUGGUGCUUUAUUGUUAGCCUGUCGAUACGGUCGUGUGUUGAAACUGAAUUAAAGGAUUUUGAAUGUAAAAUAUAGAUGAACUUAAAAAAGAGAAUGCGAAGACUUUUUCCAACUUUUUUUUUAAUCCUUAUAUGACUGAUCAAAAGAUAUCAUAACGUGGAUCCAGCCAUCCGCUUUUGAGAGAUGAGGUUGAAGCCUCAAUUGUAUGAUUUAGCGGGCCUACCGCUUAAACCGGAUUACAGACUGCUUUGGAGCAAAAAUAAGUAGAACCUUGGUACCAAUUUGCUUGCAAUACGCCCUACAAAUAAUCCACAUGUCUUAUCAAAUGUUUUAUAUUAAAGAUAUUAAAUCCAUACGUUACAAUAUAACACGGUUUUGUUUAUAGGUUGCCAUGUUUAUAAUCGUUAGCGAAUACGAAUGUUGGCUGAAAUGAGUAUAGCGUGAAUUUAAUAUAAAAAUUGGACUUAAAAAAAAAUAGAUGCUAAAGAGUCUGUGAUAAAGAGUCGUGCCUUAUUUAUAUUUCGUAGAAUUAUUUUGAAUUUCCAAAUUCCGUUUCAUUAACUUGCCGAUGUUUUUUAUUGUAUUUAUUUUUAAAUCCAAAUUUAUAAUGACUCAUUCGUCCUUGCUAUGAAAUGGGAAUGAAAUUGAUAUUAAUUUUUAAUUUUCUUAAUGCAAUAAAUUUCAGUUUUAA